AUGAGAUUUAGCAGCUACAUCUGGCCAAGUAUCGUUAUCUUUUUGGGAUUACUUGCAACCGAAAAAUGCUGGUCCGUAGCUACGGAUGACUUAGCUGGUUUGUCCGAGAGAGAAGUAGUGGAAGCUCUUGUAAGAAAGUGGGCUCCCUUAGUUUGGUUGGCGCCGAACGAGAAAUACUUGCCAGGGUCAGUGUCAACGUUUCUGGAGCACGUGCAUGCCGAGAAGGUAAAAGUCGUAACGGUUUACCCGGGAAACGAAAUAUCGGACGUUAGCGAGUUGAAUCACUAUCCAUACUACUACGAUAAUGAAAACGAACUGAGCUACUACGAUCCAGCGGUACGACAAGCCCGCAACCGAAACAAGCGCAACUUUAGAGAUCCAUCGACAUCACUGGAUCUGUUGUUUGAUCUACCGAUUGGAAACGAGUCUAAGAAUUGGUACCUGGUCACUAAUAAUGAAAUUGAAGAGCUCAUCACUGACAAGAGCUCAUUCAUACAUGGACAAAACCCACAAAAAGAAAAUGUGCCAAUCUACGCCGUCGUGAGUAUGUGCCGUUCAACGCCCGCCCCCACGGCGGUAGGAUCACCGUCGCUUAUAGCAUCCGUGGCAGCAGCUGCCGCCGCAGAAGCAACUUCACCCACUGUUACCGGCCUUCCAGUACCACUUUCGUCCCCUGUGCCACUGCAAUCGCCAACGACCACCUUUCCUCCACCGCCGACAUUAGCGCAUCACUAUAGUCACGUUGAAAAUGAAGUAGUGUACAAUACAAUCGACCACAAUGGUUAUAAACGCCAUCCAUACGCACCGGUGCACAAAAAUCUCUUCGAACUGCAACCAGAGCUAAAGCCAGAUAUUAACAAGAUCGAAAAGAGCAUACGACUUAUACGAAAACGUCGACGGCGGGGCAUUUCAAUGCCGCCAAUGCCCGUAUUGGGCAAUCGAGGCAAGGAAGAGGAGAUCACGGACAGUCCCGGCGACGAGCAGCCGGACAAACUGAUGGAGGGUCGUGCGGAAGAUGAAGACGACGAUGAUGACGAUAGUUUCAACAGCAACGAUAACGAAGCCGACGAGUGGGAAACUAUCACGGAACGGCGCGAUGAUAUUACAAUUCAGAGUGGAGAUGAUUCUAACGACUAUCCGCACUUUCAUGUGACUUACUGGAUGUUUUAUCCAUACAGCCAGGGUAAAGUUAUUUGCACCAUUAAUUUGGGCCCUUUAGGGCCGUGGCCAAUUCCUCUUCUUUUUGGCAUGUGUCUUGGAACCAAAAAGGAAUUCGGAAGCCAUGUUGGGGACUGGGAACACAUGAGCCUAUUCUUCAGGGGCCGAAAGGAACCGGACGAAAUGUACGUGUCGGCUCACGAUGCCGGAGCGUUCUAUUCAUACGAACGGCUCACGGGUACCUUCGAGUAUCGCAGUCAGGAAACACGCAAAGGAAUCCUACAACGGCCUACAUUUCCGAAAACGGUGAUCACCUCCGGGAACCAUCCGGUAUUGUUCGCAGCGGAGGGAUCUCAUGGUCUGUGGACGGCACCCGGGAAGCAUAAAUACGUCCGCGUACCUCGGCUGUACGAUGUCAAUGGUUUCGGAACACCUUGGACCACGUGGAAAAGCGUCGAAGUAAUUCACGAAAAUGAUUCCAAGGGUCGCACAACGCUUAAUCCCAAGUGGCUAAAAUUUAACGGGCGCUGGGGCAACCCGAAAACCCGCUGCCAUCCAUUGAAACGUUUCGGUUUGCAUAUCUGCGAGCUUACCGAUGGUCCAACUGGAAUACCGCGUAAAAAGCCCCAUUUUAAGUGCAAAAAGCGAUAA